AUGAGUGCAUCGAUACGAUACAUGCGAUCAACCCUUUGCGCGGCUUUUCGCCAGCACUACAUACACCGCUACUACUCGUCGGAUACCGGUGCUGUCAACAGUCAUCCAUCGUAUAAAACACUGUUAGUGGAGGCACCGGCACCUCAUGUAAUACAUGUCCGUCUAAGUAGACCUGAUAAACGGAAUGCCAUAACCGCACAGGCAUUCCAAGAGCUCAGGGAGUGCUUCGAGCGCAUCGACCAGUGCUCCCACACGCGGGCAGUCGUACUGUCCGGCGAGGGAACGGUAUUCUCGGCGGGGCUUGACUUUCAAGACAUAUCUACAUUAAUAAAUGCCAGCACUGAUUGGGUAGGCCUAUGUGGACAGGCAUCUCAAGCGCCGGUAGACAUAGCCAGACGUGCGAAAGGCAUCCGAAAAGUGCUAAAACAGUGGCAAAACUCGUUGACUACUAUAGCCGAGUGCUCCAAACCGGUGGUGGCGGCGGUGAACGGGCCCUGUAUUGGUGGGGGACUGGAGGUUGCGAUCGCUUGUGACAUAAGGUACUGUUCCCGCGAUUCAUACUUUUCCAUACGAGAGGUGACGUUAGGUAUGGCCGCAGAUGUAGGAAGUCUUCAACGCGUUCCGAAAGUUAUGGGAAACGACUCACUGAUGAGGGAACUGGCGUUUACGGGCCUAAACAAAUGCAUGUCGACGCCAUUGCAGCGCACCGGUAGUCUAACAAUCAGUAUACUAAUGAUAGUGAGUGUCGAGUUGGCCUUAGAGUUGUCGAAGCGAUUGCAGCCAACAGUCCGGUGGCGGUUCAGGGAUGUAAGGCUGGGCUCAACUAAUCCAGUGAUCUUAGGGUUCGGGAGGGACUGGAGUUUGUGGUCGCCUGGAGCCAGUGUAUGA